AUGAGAGAGAAGCUAAAGAACAAGGACGAGAGUCUUGAUACCUUUCCUGGGCCCUUGAUACUAGAACGUGCCAAAGUAGGAGGCGCUUCCCAAGCCAAUAUAGCAGUCUUGGUGAAUUCGAAACGGGAUUUGAAAGAGGAGGUCAAACUUGUGAACACGCUUUGCUGGUCAGAACUUUGGGUGUGA